UGGGCGUGGCCUCCAGGGGGAGGGAGGGAACGGAAGGGAGGGCGCGCUCUCGAGAGGAGGGGUUGCCUGGUGACGCCGGGGGCGCGCUCAGGGGGUGGGGAAGCUAGCCCAGGCUGUUCAAUGACAAAUCCACCGAGGACUGCUGGGGUCCGGCCCCGGGAGAGGGCGGGGCGCGUUUAAGAGCUGCGGCCCGGGUGCGGACGGCUGCGGCGGCGUGGGACCUGUCCCAGCUCUUCAACUGGGGCUUCUCUCUGUGUGUUGCAACCUCGGAAAACCAGCAGGAUGGCUGCGAACAAGAGUAAGGGCCAGAGCUCUUUGGCCCUCCACAAGGUGAUCAUGGUUGGCAGUGGAGGGGUUGGCAAGUCGGCGCUGACUCUUCAGUUCAUGUAUGACGAGUUUGUGGAAGACUAUGAACCUACCAAAGCUGACAGUUAUAGAAAGAAAGUGGUUCUUGAUGGAGAAGAAGUCCAGAUAGAUAUUCUAGACACUGCUGGACAAGAGGACUAUGCAGCCAUUCGAGACAACUACUUUCGGAGUGGGGAAGGGUUUCUGCUAGUGUUCUCAAUCACAGAGCAUGAAUCCUUUACAGCAACUGCCGAAUUCAGGGAACAGAUCCUCCGUGUCAAGUCUGAAGAGGAUAAAAUCCCGUUGCUUGUAGUGGGAAACAAGUCUGACUUAGAGGAGCGGAGGCAGGUGCCCAUUGAGGAGGCCAGGAGUAAAGCCGAAGAGUGGGGCGUGCAGUAUGUGGAGACAUCGGCUAAGACACGGGCCAAUGUGGACAAGGUGUUUUUUGACCUAAUGAGAGAAAUCAGAGCAAAGAAGAUGUCAGAAAACAAAGAUAAGAAUGGCAAGAAAAGCAGCAAGAACAAGAAAAGUUUUAAAGAAAGAUGUUGCUUACUGUGAAUGUCGAGGUGGUGGAGGAAGUCAGUUGCUACCAGGACACAGGGCUGGGUUGGUAAAGAGAAGACUGCAGUUGACUUUUUGAUGGUGCUUCCUGCUCUCCCCAGCCUGGUUCAUGCAUACUUCUUUAAAUGGGGAAAAUAUCUGUGACUUGGUGGCUGGUAGAAGAAGUAAGCCUUUGUCCAUGAAUGGAAUGGCUGCUUUGUUAGAUUUUGGAGUUUCUUCCCUCCUCCCAAAAGCUUAACUACAUCUGUAGUGUUACAGGUAGGAAACAGGCAAGUGUUAAUUACGUAGAAAAAUAUUGUCCUGGUGUUUUACUUUGUUCCUAGUUUUAUAACAUUACCUACCAUCUUUUGUUUUGAAAUAAAACUGUCUCAUUAGGUUUUGGAAGAAGAGAGUGGAGUAAGACCUCCCCUCCCCCACAUUUAUCAGUUCAGCAGUAGCAAUGAGAAACAUCCAUUAAACUCUAAUGAUACUGAAAAAUCCACAGAUUUUUUGGAUAAAUUUCUUGGCAAUACCCUGUAGAUCUGAAGCACAGCUAAAAAAGUGAAUUUCAAGUGUGCCAAAUAGGUCACUAUCGAGUUUAUGAAUUCUCCUUGUAUAUGAAAAAUGAACGUUGUUUUCUUCAUGUUUAAGCAUUUGCCAAUUAUAGCCCGUGUUGGCAAUUUUUCUCUUGUAGCAUCCCAAUUUGUGUGUAGGAACUUUUUUGUUAGACUGAGUAAAGACUCAAGAGUAGUGUACUUUAUAAAUGACCCACUUUUCUUUCUUUCUUUCUUUCUUUUUUUU